AUGGGAGCCUAUAUGUCUAAACCGAAAACAGAGAAAAUCUCUGAAGAUGGGGCGAAUCAAUGGAUAUCUUAUAGCUCCUGUUCUAUGCAGGGUUGGAGAAUGCAUCAGGAGGAUGCUCACAAUUGCAUACCUAAUUUCGAUGCAUCACGAGGUAUUUCCUUCUUUGCGGUUUAUGAUGGCCACGGUGGAUCAGAAGUGGCACGAUAUUGUGCAGAAUACAUGCCUGAUUUCCUAAUGAAACUUCCUUCUUAUAAUAAAUUGGAUAUGAAGGAAACCUUAAAGCAGUUAUUCCUUGAUUUCGACGCUACAUUAGUAACUCCUGAAACUAGAACUGUUUUAAGUAAAAUGUCAGAGACAGACAAAGCCGAUAGUUCAUCAGAAAAAGAGUCACCUGCUCAAGUCCAUUAUGCUGCUGAUAUUGAUGGUGAUGAUGAUAAUGAUGGAGAGGAAGAUGAAAAUUAUUCAGAACUUUUGGCCUUGCGUGCUGAAGCAAACCAACCUUUAGAGGAUGUUUUAGAACAGUAUGGAGGAGAGGAUGCUUUACCUUCGAGCAUCAAGACUAUCCUGGAUACCCGACGUCAACAAAAAGUUGGUGAAUGUAGUCGUAAUUCAAGUAAAUCGUCGAAAAGUGUAUCAGAAGACAGUGAUUCAGAGUUGGACAAAACAACAGAUUCUUCUUGCACUAAAGUAUCCAAUACUACUGCUGACAAUCCUGUUGAAACUGUUGAACAAGGAGACUUAUGUUCUGAAUCUAGUUUUGGAACAGACAGUACUAAAUUUUCUAACAAUGAUGAAAAUACAAAGAAAGAGUUAUCAAGUGGAUCAUUAGAAAUGCCUACAGAUACAAAUGUAAACAAUUCUACAGUGGCUAAUACAAAGAAUGAUGUUGAUGAUGAAAGCGACGAUGAAAGUGCAGAUUUUGAUCCGUCAAUUGAAUUCGAAGAUAGCGAUGAUGACGAUGAUGAUGAAGAGGAAGAUGAGGAGGAGGAUGACGAUGAUGAAGAAGACGAAGAGGAUGACGACGACGACGAUGAACUGACUGGUUUUUCUAUACCACGUUCUAUAGCAGACACUGAAGAAUCAGAACCUGGAAUAGAUAGUGGGACAACUGCAUGUGUUGCUGUUCUUGUACCAGUCAAUGGUGUUAUACGCUUGUAUGUUGCUAAUGCUGGCGAUUCACGAGCUGUACUCUGUCGUGGUGGUGCUGCGGUCGACUUAUCAAAUGAUCAUAAACCUGAGGAUGAAGAUGAAAAAGCUCGGAUUGUUGCAGCUGGUGGAACUGUAACACGUGAUGGCCGAGUCAAUGGUGGUCUUAAUCUCAGUCGCGCCCUUGGUGAUCAUAGUUAUAAGCAAACUCCAAAUAUUCCAUUAACAGAUCAAAUGAUCACACCAUCCCCAGAUGUUACUGAAAUAGAUUUAAUUCCAUCAGCAGAUGAAUUUUUAGUCAUUGCAUGUGAUGGAGUAUGGAAUUCAAUGACAAGUCAAGAGGUUGUAGAAUUUAUUCAGGACCGUUUACAUCCUCCUACUAUAAACAAUAGCAGUAGUGAAAACACUUCAAACAGUCAUUCGAAUUCCGGUGCUGAUGUCAGUAAAAAUGGCAAUGAUCUUGGUGAGGUCGGCAAAUUGGAUUCGUCUGAUCAACUAACAAAAAUAUGUCAUGAAAUUUUCGAUCAUUGUUUGGCGCCGAAUACCGACGGUGACGGUACAGGCUGUGAUAAUAUGACCUGUAUUAUAGUUCGUUUUGACAAUCUUCCUGGUUGGGUUGAAUAUUACGAAAAUAAAGGUAAUGCAUUAAUUGAUUCAACUAUCAUAUCAAAAGUCAACGCCAAAAACACAUCGACGACAACAACACUAUCACCAAGGAAACGACCAAUCUGUCAUGAAACCUCCGAGGAUAGUAAUCAUGAUGGUGAAACACUUAUUACUAUUAAUGAUACCAAUGGAAAUAAUUCAUCUCCUACCAUUGAUAGUCAGACGACUACAAUAAAACGUCCAAAACUGGAAUUACUCCAAUCGGAGAAUUCCUUGGAACCAACAAUUACAAAUGGUAAAAGUAGCAGUGUUAACUAUUAA